AACAGCCCCCAAAAGUCCACGUGGCAGAGGGAACGAUAGUCGAUAAACCCUCAAAUGCAGAGGUUUUAGAAAGAGAGACCUUCAUCGGGGAGAAAAGGCAGAGGUUGAGGUUCAGAGAAAAUGGAGAAAUCUCUGGUGACACUCGACAACGGCACCACAUGCUCUUCCUGGAACUACAAUGGCGAGAGAUUGGCAACGGGCUCAGUCGAUGGAACACUGGCCAUCUUCGAUUCAAUCGACCCGGCUUCUUCAUCCUUCACUUGCACCUCCAGAUCUAGGGUUCGUGCAUGAGGAUAGCGUAGUGAAAGUGGUUUGGGUCCCUCCGGAAUAUGGCGAUGCAGUUGGGUGCAUUUGUGCUGAUGGAACUUUGUCAUUGUGGGAGGAGGUUGUAGAAGAUGCACAACCCCUUCAAUGGAAACUAUGCAAAAGUUUUGGAAGUAAUUCAAAUAAAGUGCUCGAUGUCCAAUUUGGAGUCUCGCCAACAAGUUUGAAAAUGGUUAGUGCAUAUUCAGAUGGCCACGUGAAAGUCUAUGAGCUCCUAGAUCCAUUGGAACUGAAGAGUUGGCAACUUCAGGCUGAAUUUCAGAAUGCUAGUGAUUCAGUGUCUACAUUUGGGAAGGCUUUGUGCUUAUCUGCAUCUGUCUCUUGGAAUCCACAAAGAGGUGAAAGUCAGCAAUCAAGCUUUGUCUUGGGUUUUCAUUCUGAUACUCCGCAACUCAAUUCCGCAAAGGUCUGGGAAUUUGAUCAGGAUCACCAAAGAUGGCUUCCAGUUGCUGAGUUGGCUUUGCAUGGGGAUAAGGGUGAUCAGGUCUUCACUGUUGCAUGGGCACCUAAUAUUGGCAGGCCAUAUGAGGUAAUAGCUGUUGCAACUCACAAGGGAAUCGCGAUAUGGCAUCUUGGGCUUAACCCUGACAUUGAUGGAAGGCUCUCAGUGGAGAGGGUUGCCCUGCUUUCUGGUCAUGAUGGGGAGGUGUGGCAGAUGGAAUGGGACAUGAGCGGAAUGACCUUGGCAACUACUGGAGGAGAUGGGAUGGUAAGGCUGUGGCAGUCUAACUUGAAUGGUGUUUGGCAUGAACAGGCUGCACUGGAGCCCACUUCUUAGCCCCCACCCCCGUCAGCACUUCCAUCUCCUGUGUUUAUUUUGUCUCAAUAGCAUGGCUUCAUAUUUUAACCAUCAUCCUCUGCGCUCUUCAAUCACUAUCCUCUUGAUUUGAUUAAGCUAUGAAGGUUCUCUCACCAAUCUGGCUUUCUAAACAUUGGGCUGGCUUCCAUUUCCUGUGCAAUUGUUUUUUUUUUUUUUAAUCUAUAUCAAACUUAGCUCCUCAUUUUAAGGGUGUAAGUGAAUUGAAAAAUUGAUCCAGUUCAGCCCAAACCGAUUAAGUCGAUUUGGUUUUCAACGACUAAGAUCAAUUUUCUCAGUUGGUUUCUUUGUCUUCUGACUUAUAAAAACCAAACCAAAUCGGCAUUCUGAGAUUUAUGAUUUAUGAUUGUUGAA